AUGUCUGACAUGAGCGUACUUCAGAAGGCGUGCAAUACUCCGGCCCCGACCAAGCUUGAUCUGGUUCUCAACGGCAGUUUGAAGUCUGGAGCUAUCGAAGAGGAGUCAAUCGAAGAAUCAAGCACAGUUCAAGACGAACCCACCACAUCGCAAUCUGUGGUGAAACCGUUUCUUGCCACUCAUUUACAAGACCAAGACUACACCAACAAGCGGUUCUGUUACAGACAUAACCCCAAGGUGCGUUGCGAUAAGCGUACUGACGAGACAAAGAUGCGUGAGAUCCAGACAGAGCUCGAGAAGCUUCCCCGGCGCGAUAAGGAAGCUAUCACACACGUCUGGUCCAUUUUCAGUGCCGCGCCUACCCAACAUCGCACCCUGAUUUUGCAAGGUCUUUUAAGCCAGUGUUGCUUCCCGCAGUUGUCCUUCAUUUCUCAAGAGGUGUCUCAGCUGAUCAAGAUCGAUUUCAUAGAAACGCUGCCAAGUGAGAUAUCCCUUAAAAUUCUAUGUUAUCUUGAUUGCCAGAGUCUGUGCAAUGCGGCACAGGUGUCCACAAAGUGGAAACAGCUCGCCGACGACGACAGAGUGUGGAGAUAUAUGUGCGAGCAGCACAUCGACCGCAAGUGCCCACAAUGCGGAUGGGGGUUGCCCCUUAUGGCUGUCAAGAAGCUGCAGGAGAGCAGCAGAAGACGGAAAUUCGACGAAAUUGAGAGUGAUUCUGCCGUUGAGGGCCACCAGCCUCCUUUGAUCGAGGCCAAGCAAGAGGCCAAGCGUCCAAAGACCAACAAGAAACGGCCAUGGAAGGCUGUUUAUUCUGAGAGAUUCACAGUCGAGCGCAACUGGAGAAAGGGUUUGUACAAGAUCAAGCGGUUCGAAGGCCACAUGGAUGGUGUGCUUUGUUGUCAGUACGAUAACAACAAUUUGCUAAUGACUGGUUCUUACGACAAGACCAUCAAGAUCUGGAACGUCGAGACCGGCAAGCUGAUCCGCACGCUGACCGGACACACCAGAGGUGUGCGUACUUUGGCAUUUGACGACCAGAAGCUGAUCACUGGUGGACUGGACUCUACGAUCAAGGUUUGGAACUACCGUACCGGUCAGUGUAUUUCCACUUACACGGGCCACGAAGAAGGCGUUGUGAGUGUGGAUUUCCACGAGAAGCUGAUUGUUUCUGGCUCGGCCGACAACACGGUCAAGGUCUGGCACGUGGAGACACGGACAUGCUACACAUUGCGGGGCCAUACUGACUGGGUUACGUGUGUAAAGAUCCAUCCAAAGAGCAACACGUUGUUCAGUUCGUCUGACGAUGCCACAGUGCGGAUGUGGGACUUGAACACGAACGAGUGCAUCAAGGUGUUUGGCGGAGUGGAGAACAACGGGCAUAUUGGACAGGUUCAAUGCGUUGUUCCAUUUUCAUUAAAAGAUGCUAUAGUGACUGAUUUUGACGACAAGCUCACCGACGAAGGAGACAACUGUGGCGAGCAGCAGGAGCAGAGCGAGGAGGACCAGAAGUUCGACAACCCGGAUUAUCCAACCCAUCUUCUGACGGCCUCUUUGGAUAAUACGAUCAAAUUAUGGGACCUGAAAUCUGGAAAAUGUGUGCGUACCCAGUUCGGCCACAUCGAAGGAGUCUGGUCCAUUGCAGCAGAUACUUUCCGUAUUGUGAGUGGGGCGCAUGACAAGCUUAUCAAAGUUUGGGACUUGCAAACAGGAAAGUGUAUGCACACGUUUGCUGGCUCGAGCUCGCCUAUUAGUUGUGUUGCGCUUGGCGACUCGAGGUUUGUGUGCGGACUGGAGGACGGCGAGGUUAAAAUGUAUUGUUUCGAUGCUCAGAGCUUAUAG